CUCUUCUUCUCUUUCCUUAACUUUGCUUUUUCUCUUUUUUCUCUCUCACAAGUUCCCCUAAUGGCAGAUAUAUGCUGCGUCAAGGAGAUCCAAGAAGAAGACGUCGACAAUAUCCACUUACCGAUCCAACUUGAGCUGGACCUCCCUGAUCACGAAGAUCCAACAGUCAACAACGACGAUGGUUGCAAGACUCCAACAUCUUCCGCUCACAAGAUUCCAGCGGUGAAGUAUACGUUAUGUCCACCAGCUCCUAGAAAACCCGGACCAAAAAGAAAAGUGACACCGGUUAAUGCUGUUAACCGUGUACCGAUUGAUCUGAGCCGGGAGAUGGAGAUGUUCUUCGAAGAUUUGGACCGCAGGAUCAAGAAGUCACGGAAACAAUAAGUAAAGAAGAAGACCAAGAAGAGUAUAUUGAUCAUUUCUAAUUUAUGACUGUGUGGUGGUAAUUGAUCCUUUUAAUUUCCCCCUUCAUUUUUUCUUUUAAUUUUCUGUAUAAUACAAGUGGCAUGUUGAUAACAAUAAAAAUUUAUCUCGUUAUGAGUCCUUUUAUUCUGAU